ACACUUUCAUCUCCUCUCCCCAAAUCUUAAAACAAAAAAUCAACUCUCCUUCGCCCUCGCCCUGACUAGAGCGGUUGUAGGGCUUCUGUGACGUCUUUUUAUCUACCACCGGCGCAAAUCACCAUCGCCAUCCGCCGUAUUACAUCGUCGGAGAUAGGCUGAGAGGGCGUUCGAAGGUUUGAUUUUUCUAUUCGCGUUCACUGUGAGAUCUGCUGAACAGAGCCUGCGUGUGUACACACCUGAUAUUUGUGGAGGAGAGAGAAACCUAGGGCUAGGGUUUUGAUGCGUUGUUGCGGAUUGAGAACAAGGUUUGCGGGUUGGAUUCUUCGAUUAUGGCCAACAACCAUGGCGGUUCUGGAUCCAAGUUUGUGUCUGUAAAUUUGAAUAAGUUAUAUGGGCAGCCUUCUCAUCAUAAUUAUCCACCUCAUAGUGGCUCUUAUGGACCGGGUGUUGGGACAAACCGUGCCCGACCUGGUGGGCAUGCUAGUACCGGUGGUGGGAUGGUUGUUCUAUCAAGAAACCGUCCUCUGCAGAAGGCUGUCCCGAAGUUAUCUGUUCCACCCCCCUUGAACUUGCCUUCACUGAGAAAAGAAUAUGAGAAAAUUGAUUCAUCAGGGGCAGGUGGAGGGGCGGCUGGUGGUGCUGGUUCAGGGAGUGGUUCAAGACCAACUUCUUCAGGUAUGGGCUGGACAAAACCUGGAAAUGUUGCUUUGCAGGAGAAGGAAGUUGGUGGUGAUACUCUGGUUUCAGAGAGUGUGAAUUAUACUGAAGGUGCAGCAGCUACAAAGGGAAGCGGCACUUAUAUGCCUCCUUCAGCUAGGUUUGGUGGUGGACUUGGCCAUGGAGAUACAUCAUCAGCUCAUCAUCCAAACAUGCCUCCUCUAGAGAAAGCUAUGGUGUUGAGAGGAGAAGAUUUUCCAUCUUUACGGGCUGCUUUGCCUUCCUCAUCAGGACCUGCACAAAAACAGAAGGAAGGAUCUUUCCAGAAGCUGAAACAAUUAGUUAGUGAGGAGUCAUCCAAUGAUCUAAGAAACAAUUCUCGUUUCAGUUCACCUGCUCAUAUCCAAUCUUCCCAUCGCAUUGCAAAUGGCAUGAAUGAAAAUGGUGGGCAGAGUCCAAGAUCAAACAGUGCACGCCCGGAUCAUGCUCAGAAGCAAGAGGACCCUCUACCACUUAUACGGUUGAAUCCAAGGUCUGAUUGGGCUGAUGAUGAGCGAGAUACAGGUUAUGGGUUUGCAGGAAGGAGUGGCAGAGAUCAGGAGUUUCCCAAAAGUGAAGCAUAUUGGGAUAAAGAUUUUGAUGUGCCUAGGAGCAGCAUUUUGCCACAUAAGCCACCUAAUAAUCUGUCCGAGAGGCGUGGCCAGCACAUGGGUAACAUAGCAAAGGGUCCCACUUCUGAGGUCCUUAAACCUGAUCCUUACAGGAGAGAGACAAAUAUGCAUAGUAGGGAUGACAGGGAAAGCAAUUCUUGGAGGAGUUCUUCUAUUCAUGAAGAUAGAUCUACUGUUCCACAAGUUAUUAGUAACAGAAACAAUGUCACUGUGUCGGAUAGUUAUAACAACAGUAAAUACAUGUCAGCUUUGGGAGACAAUGCUCACCAUGGUGUGGUUUCAGGAAACUAUGUGAGAAGGGAUACAGGGCAAGGGAGACAAGGGGGACAACGCCACUGGAAUAACUCUGUAGAAUCUCCUAGAUACCAGAAUGCUGCAGGGUCGAAUUAUGGUAGGGAGAAGUCUUCUUUUUCAAAGAGCGAGCGAAAUUACCUAGAUGACCCUUAUCAAAAAGACUUCAGUUCCAGUGUUUAUGAUGAAAGAGACCCAUUUACUGGAAACCUUGUUGGAGUUGUUAAAAGAAAGAAGGAGGUGAUUAAACAGACAGAUUUCCAUGAUCCUGUUAGGGAGUCUUUCGAGGCUGAACUUGAAAGAGUUCAAAAGAUGCAAGAGAUGGAACGACAGAGGGUUGUUGAAGAACAAGAAAGAGCUUUAGAGCAAGCACGAAGAGAAGAUGAAGAGAAACGAAGGGUAAUCAUAGAGGAAGAAGAAAGGAGAAGAAGAAUGGAAGAAGAAGCUCGUGAAGCUGCAUGGAGAGCAGAACAAGAGAGGUUAGAAGCCAUUCAGAAAGCUGAAGAGCAAAGGGUUGUUCGUGAAGAAGAGAAAAGAAGGAUGCUUCUUGAGGAAGAGAGAAGGAAACAAGCUGCCAAACAGAAGCUUCUAGAAUUGGAAGCUAAAAUCGCAAAGAGGGAAGCUGAGGUUGGAAAGAGUGGUGGAGAUGAUGAAGUUCCAGCUGGUGGAAAAGACAGUGAUGCAUCUAUGGAUUCAGAUCUUGAUAACUGGGAAGUUAGUCAGAGAAUGGUGGAGAGAAUUACAACUUCAGCAAGCUCUGAUUCAUCUGCAAUAGACAGACCCUUUGACAGGCCUCAGUUUUCUAGAGAAGUUUCAUCUAGUUUUGUGGAAAGAGGAAAGCCUGUUAAUGCAUGGAAACGUGAUGCAUUUGAAGUUGGAAGCAACUCAUCUUUCUUACUCAAUGAUCAAGAAAAUGGUCAUCAUAGUCCCAGGCGAGAAGCACCCAUUGGUGGGAGAUCUUUUCCCAGAAAAGACUUUUAUUCAGGAGGUGGAUACAUGUCAUCAAGGUCUCCUUUCAGAGGAGGAAUUCAAGAUCCUGAUACAGAUGGAUUCCCUCAUGAUCACAGAUGGAAUUCUUUCGGGGAUGGAGAUUCUUAUGGAAGAACCAGAGAUAUCGAGUCAGAGUUUUAUGACAAUGUUGGUGAAGUCUGGGGACAUGGACAGGGGCAUUCUCGUGGAAAUAGGUUGUAUAUGAAUAAUUCAGAGUCAGAUAAGCUUUAUCCAUAUGGAAGGUCAAGAUAUUCCAUGAAGCAGCCUCGUGUUCUUCCCCCUCCAUCUUUAUCAUCUAUUCCUAAAUCUUCAGUGAGAGGGGAGAAUGAACUUUCUGCUCCUUCAAGUUCUCUGGAAUCAACUGCAAGAACAGGGGGGAAUUAUGGUGGUGUUCAAGACAAGCUUGAACAAUCUGAUCUUGUUGAUGUUCAACAAGAAAUCAUGGCACAGAAGUUAGACAAGAACGACACACUAAGAUGUGACUCACAAUCAUCUCUUUCAGUCUCAAGUCCCCCUAGCUCCCCAACACAUCUAUCUCAUGAUGAGCUGGAUGAUUCCUCUGUUAUACCUACUGGAGGUGAUGGAAAUGAGACGCCUGAACAUGAUGUGAAUGAUGAAUCUGGAGAGGUUAGAGAAGUGACUACAAUGGCAGCAGGUGAUGAUGAUGAGGAAUGGAGUCUUGAGAAUCAAGAUGAGAUGCAGGUACAAGAAGAGUAUGAUGAAGAUGAUGAUGGGUAUGGUGAAGAAGAUGAAGUUCAUGAAGGAAACGAUGAGAAUAUAAACCUGACACAGGAAUUUCAGCAUAUGGGUCUUGAAGAGAAAAGCACAAAUAAUGUGAUGGAAAAUUUAGUCUUGGGAUUCAAUGAAGGUGUUGAAGUUAGAAUCCCAGGUGAUGAAACGGAUGUGAAUACAACUGAGACACCAGAAGAAAAACAAGAUGCAGUUGAUUCAGUCAAUUCAGUGAUUAACGAAUCAGUUGUUCAGCCUCAAAAUGCCACAUCAGAUUCUUCUACCACUACACAUGCAUUACCUUCUGUACCAAUUCAGACAGAUUUACCAGUCAAACUCCAGUUUGGGUUGUUUUCUGGGCCUUCUUUAAUACCAUCUCCUGUUCCAGCCAUACAAAUUGGAUCCAUACAGAUGCCUCUUCAUCUUCAUCCACCUGUUGGUUCAUCAAUGGGCCACCUACACCACCAAUCACAACCUCCGCUUUUUCAAUUUGGUCAACUAAGAUACACAUCUCCUAUUUCACAGGGAAUUCUUCCAAUAACUUCACAAUCAAACAUUCACCAAACCCAUUUCAACUUGAAUCAGACUUCAAAUUCCGGAACUUUACCCAACCAGUUCUCUCAAGAAACCAUGAAAAAAGACAAUCAUGAGAAUUGGUCAAGGGGUUUGACUGGAAUUGCUUCCAAACCAGUUACACAAACCGAGGAGAAGGUACAUGGCACUCCUGAUAAUAACAAACCUUCUCAAAAAGAUGUUCCCUUGUCAAAGGCUCCAGGUCCUAACAAGGGUAAAAGACCAACAUACCCUCCGAGAAAUUCCGGGUCAAGAUCUUUUCAUGGAUACGAUUCAUCUCCCGCUAACGAAUACCGGAAAAACCGACGCCCAAUUCAGCGAACCGAGUUUCGAGUCCGUGAAAAUUCCGAUAGAAAACAGACACCUGGCAUUGGUUCUUCUAAUUUUGAUGACAAGUUCAAACAUAUGGGAGCUUCUAGAAGCGGGUAUAGGCGUCAUAUGGUGCCUGUUAAGUCAUUGAAGCGGGUUGUACCUGAUGGGUCGGGUUCUCAUGAGAUGAAAGAAACUGCAACUGCAAGAUUAACACCACCCAAGACCCAGUCAACUGAAGGUGGCAACUUAAAGAGGAACAUGAACAUUCUCGAAGAAGAGGUUGAUGGAUCUGAUGCACCAUUGCAAAGCGGUGUUGUGCGUGUGUUCAAGCAACCAGGGAUCGAAUGUCCAAGUGAUGAAGAUGACUUCAUUGAGGUCAGAUCAAAACGACAGAUGUUGAAUGAUCGACGUGAACAGAGAGAAAAAGAAAUCAAGGCAAAAUCACGUGUCGCAAAGCAACCACGAAAGGCUAGUCCUUCUGUUCAAGCUCCAAAUAAAAUCUCUGUUUCAUUGGUUGGUGAAUCAUCAAACAAGGAACCUUCGGCUGACUUUUCAACAGUUUCUUCUCAAUCUCAACCAUUGGCUCCAAUUGGCACUCCUGCUGUGGAUACUAACAAGACUCCACAAAGAGGAUCUGGUAUUGUGGAAGAUAGUAGUUCAAAUCGCAUGUUUGAGGCUGAAAAUAAGGCUGUUGAUGAUGUUCAAACAUCUUUGGGUGACUGGGGUAAUGCAAGAACGGAUCCGCAGGUUAUUCCAUUGACUCAAACUCAACUUGAUGAGGCUAUGAAGCCUGCAAGGUUCAAUACAACACAUGUAACAUCUAUAGGCGAUCAUACCAAUACCAAUACCAAUACCAAUACUAGUGAACCCAUUUUACCAUCCUCAUCAAUCUUGACAAAAGGAAAAUCAAUUUCAUCAUCUUCAAGCCCAAUUAACUCUCUGCUUGCUGGUGAAAAAAUUCAGUUUGGGGCAGUUACCUCACCAACAAUACUCCCUCCUAGUAGCCGUGUUGUGUCACAUGUGAUUGGGGCUCCAGGGUCUUUUCGUCCUGACAUGACUCAAAACAUUUCAAAAACUGAAAAUAUAUUCUUUAAAAAAGAAGAUUCUGAGGCUGAAGUUGAAGCUGUUGCUGUUGCUGCCAUUGAUAGAGAUGAGAUCGUUGGCAAUGGGGUGGGACCCGAAACCGGACCCGUCUCAGUUUCAAGUGAUCAACAAUCUGGAAGCCAAUCUAAACCUGAAGAAUCUCUUAGUGUAUCACUUCCUGCUGAUCUCUCAGUUGAAACUCCACCAAUAUCAUCUCUAUGGCCACCAUUGCCUAGUCCUCAAAGCUCAUCAACCGCCCAAAUGCUUUCUCAUUUCCAUGGUCCCACACCUUCUCACUUUCCAUUCUACGAGAUGAACCAUCAUCAUCCUCCUCCACAUCAUCCUCAUCCCAUGAUGACUAGUCCUGUUUUCGCCUUCGGCCCACAUGACGAAUCCGGUGGGACCCAACCCCAAUCCCAAAAAACUACAAAUUCCGGAUCAAAUCCAAGACACAUGCUGCCACCCUGGCAAAACCAUUCUGGAAUGGACUCGUUUUACGGACCACCAGCUGGAUUCACGGGUCCCUUCAUCGGUUCUCCAGGCGUGCAAGCCCCACCACAUAUGGUGGUGUACAACCAUUACGCUCCGGUCGGGCAGUUUGGGCAGGUCGGGUUGAGCUUUAUGGGUGCCACGUAUAUUCCAUCUGGGAAACAACCAGACUGGAAGCAUGAUCCGACAACAUCUUCUGUUUCUGUUUCUAGAGGUGAAGAAGACAUGAUGGUUUCUGGACAACGACAUCUUGCCCCUGGCUCUCCUUUAUUGUCCAUGGGCUCCCCUUUGACAAUGUUUGAUGUCCCUCCAUUUCAGGCUGCACCAGAUAUGCCGCGGUGGUCCCACGUACCUCAUGCAGUUCCAAUGUCACUACCGUUGCAACAACAGCCACCGGAAGCUAUGACUGGACCUUCACAGUUCAGCAGCCACGUAGGACAUCCUGUUGACCAGUCAAUGUUUCCUCCCAAUAGAUUUUCGGAACCUCAAACCUCAACUCCAUCGUUCCCUGAUGAACUUGGGUUGGUGGUGGACUCAUCUGGGCCGUCCAUUUCCACCACAUCUGCUGCUCCGGUGACCGGAACCACUACAAAGACUGUUGAUGUAGGUGGUGGGGGUGGGGGUGGUGAGACUACAAAUGCUUUCAAGAAUCAACACCACCACCACCAACAGGGUAAUAAGAAUCUGUCUUCUUCUCAACAGUAUAAUAACAAUAAUCAUCAUCAUCAUCAUCAUGGUUAUGGGUAUCAAAGAGGAGGAGGAGGAGGAGGGGUGUCUCCUAAAAACAAAUCAAUGGGGGGACCGGGGCCAGGACCUGGACCACAGUGGUCCCCCCAUCGUAGGACUGGUACCUUCCAUGGAAGGUACCAGUCCAUGGGGCCGGAGAAAAGCUUUCCGCCUUCAACAAAAGUGAAACAGAUUUAUGUGGCUAAACAGCCGGUGCCGGCUGCUUCGGGUGGGUCGUCUUCGACAGUUGGAUGAGAAUAUGUUUUGAGGAUGUUGAUUGGAGGUUUUUUUUUUUUUGUGAGAGGAGUUUGAUUGAUAGAUAAGUUGUUGGGUUUAUGUAGUAGAAGUUGGUAGUACAACCACUAUUGGUGUUCUUAAAAGUUGGAAAGCUAGGAAGAAUUGGGGGUUUGGGUUUGGGUUUUGGUUUUUGGUUAUUAUUGUGGUGUAAAAUCGGAACCUUGAUAUAGAUAGUUGUUUGUGGGCGUUUGAUGUAUUGGAAUUAUGUUGAAGAUCAUUGAAAUAAAACCUCCUUUUCUCA